GUGUAGCCUAUCCUAUGUAAUAUUUUCUUGUUAAGAGAUUUUCAACGUUAUUCAAAUCCCUGCUUGAGCAAAGAAAACCUCAGAGGUUGGCAAAACUACCUUUCUUCGAAAAAAACGCCAUGCCUGAGCUGAAAAUCACCACCUCGGAAUGAGAUAAUAUGGGAAGUGUUCGACUACUGAACCUGAACCAACAGCAGGGUGUAAGGAAUACCCUGCUGCCAAAAUUCAUCACACUGCAAUCAAAGGACAUGAAUGAAGGCUAGCUGGUACAAACUUCAAUAACAACGAAACAUCACGCACGUGAUGUGGACAAAUAGAGUAUCUAUAGAGUAUCUAUCUAGAGUGGAAAUCAUGCAACAACGUUAUCUGCAAAGCCAUAAUACUUCCACCCCAUCGCUACAAACAAAACUUGUGUGUGAAAGUACAGUAUGUUCUGAUAUAAAGGCAGCUAAAUGUGUUAUGGUCCCAAUCAAUGUGAAAACAGAGCCAGAUUUAGAUCACUUUCUCUCAAUUGAGUUACCCUCAAGAGAACCUACAAUCCAACCAUAUGAUCACAACGUUAAUUUUGACCUUUUGGACCUCAAAUCAGAGAUAAAGUCAGAAAUGUCCACUGGUGAAAAUGUAUCUUUUGAGGUUGCUGAGAUGAUUGUGGAUCCAUUUAGAGACUGUGUGAAACCUGACAAUGUGCAAGUAAACAAUUACAGUAUUCCAGAACACUCAUUAGAAAGUCUGGGUGCAUUCCAAGGAGACAAAUUACAACAUCCAAUGCCACAAGCAAAGGAAGACUGCUGCAGUUUUAAGGUGCUGGUGCUUACAGAGCCUGAGGAUUUAAAUCAGCAAGGUCGUGUUUGCCAUCUUCUCAGAUACAGAACUCAAGUGAACAAGAGACUAGUCCAACAACAGCAGAAUGGGAAAGAAACUUGUACAGGUGCAAAAUGUGAAAUCUAUAAAGCAAAGCCAAAACCAAAAGACAUGACCAAGUCCUGUUCGCUUUGUGAUAAUGUCUUAGUCAACUGCAGCUGUGUACAGGCUCACAGGCAGACACACACUGGGAAGAAGCCGCACAUGUGCCCCACUUGUGGGAUGGAAUUUGCAUUCAAGUGCCGGUUAAAAAUCCACACAAGUAUCCACACAGGUCAACAAAAGCCGUCCCAACCACGAUUUACCUGCAGCCAGUGUGACAAGACCUUCGCCUACUCUAGUGGUUUGCGGGUUCACAUGCGGGCACACACUGGGGAGAGGCCAUACCAAUGCCACACCUGUGGUAAAGACUUCUCCCGAUCAGAUUUCCUGGCUAUGCAUAUGAAAUAUCACGAAAUGGCACGGACAGGUGAGCGUCCGUUUGAGUGUGAUCAGUGUGGAAAGAAAUUAACAAGCCGAGGCUUUCUUCAGCUGCACAAGGAAAGGCUGCAUGGCUCCUUAACAACAGAGUGUGGACAGAGGGAGAGGCAGUUCUCCUGUGGCAGCUGUGCCAAAGCAUUCAUGACCAAGCAGUGUCUAGUGAGCCAUGAGGCCACACACACAGACACAAGGCCCUAUGUGUGCACUGAGUGUGGCCACAGCUUCCGGCGCAGUGACAGUCUCACGAAGCACAUGCGGAUCCACUCUGGGGAGAGACCCUACAGCUGUGGUCACUGUGGGAAAUCUUUUCCUUAUGCACAGUCUCUGAAAAGACACCUGAACCUUCACAAAAAAAGCAGUAGAUAGUUGAAUUGGUGCUCUUUUUCUGUUACAAAUAAAACACAAAAAUCUGUGUAUUUAUUUUGUUGAGGUAAUA